AUGUCCCAGUCCUCCCACCUCGAUGCCUCCGCCCAAGUCCCCGGACACUCCGCCGCCCAUCCCACCAGCGCCGCCGAACUCGCCAGUCUUAAAGUAAAGCUUCGCGCCGCCCUGCGCCAGUUCCCGGACUUCCCCUCCCCCGGUAUUCUCUUUGAGGACAUCCUGCCAAUUUUCGCCGAUGCCAGCUUGCACGAGGCUCUUAUUCGCUCCCUGGAACUGCACAUCCUUGCCAACUACGGUGACCAGAAGCCCGAUGUCAUUGUCGGCCUGGAGGCCCGUGGCUUCUUGAUCGGCCCUAGUCUGGCCCUUCGGCUGGGCGCCAGCUUUGUCCCUGUGCGCAAGCAGGGCAAGCUGCCCGGUCCCUGUAUUACUCAGGCCUACGAGAAGGAGUAUGGUCAAGACUUCUUCCAGAUGCAGUCCGAUUCCAUCAAGCCCGGGCAGAAGGUGAUUGUGGUGGACGACAUUAUCGCCACUGGUGGCUCUGCUUGGGCUGGUGGAGAGAUGGUCAAGAAGCUGGGCGGUGAUCUCGUCGGCUUCAUCUUCCUUCUUGAACUCGAAUUCCUUCACGGACGCGACAAGCUCCCCGCUCCCGUCUACACUCUGCUCUCUGGCCAAGCUUAA